CUACUUUUUUUUUUUUACUGUUGUCUUUAGGAUAUGCCAGAAUCUUUAGAAUUACCAGCGGAAUAUGCGCGUUACCACCGACUACUUACAAUUGGGAAUUUUACUGCUAGUUUAUCGUCCCAGCAACAAAAGGCUCUAGGCAGAUUCCAGAGGAGACUACCCAGAGUGCCGCUGGACCGGAGACCAAAAAGGAGCUGGAGAGAGUGGAGGCGGAGCUGGAGCAAGAUAGGCAACCCCCCCCCCCCCAAGGGAAGCCCCACCCUACUGCGGAAGUGCAGUGAAUGCCAUCUGUGAUGAACUCUCAUGAAGCCGCACACGGGAGCUGACGUCCGCAGGAGACACCACUGCAGACCCAGGACAGUAGAGGAGCAGGGUCUUCUUCAAACACUGGAGACUUACCCUCCCCCUGACCCAAAUAACAUCCCACAUCAGUCACCAGCAAUGUCCAGUCGCAGGAAAUCCUCCACACCCUGCAUGAUCCGGGUUAGUGACAUAAUAGAGCAGGAUGACUCUGAAGAAAUGGAAGUGUCCACUGCCAAUGUGACCAACAAUGGGUCUUCAGAGUCUGUGGAAAAUCAAGACCAUACAGUACAAGACACUAUAGAAGAUCUAGGAAGUGAGAUUGAAACAAAAGUUGUGGCGGAAGCUGAUCCUAUGCCCCAACUGAGGCAGCAUGGAAGUUACGAGUGCAAAUACUGUCCUUUCUCCACCCAGAAACUCAACGACUUCAAAGAGCACGUAGACUCCAGUCAUCCCAAUGUCAUACUCAACCCCCUCUAUCUGUGUGCCGUGUGCAACUUCAGCACCAAAAAGUUUGACUCUCUUACAGACCACAAUGAGACCCAACACCCUGGAGAGACCAACUUCAAGUUCAAGAGGGUAAAAAUAAAUAACCAGACUAUCUUGGAGCAGACAAUCGAAGGCAAGACCAAUUCAGUUCUCUGCAAUACUGUAGACGGAAAAGGAGUUGUCACUUUUCCACCGAGCAAACCAAUUACGGGGAAUAUCGGAAAGCCAAACAUGGACAACAUACAGUCCCUCUACCAAGGGAAUGAUUUGGAAAAGAGGUUGCAAAACUUUAUUCCAAAAGAUCAAAUCACAGCUGUGAACAUAAACGGCACAAUGAUCAUCCCUGAACCAACAAUCAUUCAAGGGCUUUCGUAUGUAAUGCCAUUGCUUCAAAGACCACCCAACUUCUGUUCUGUACCAACAAUUGCUGUUCCUCUGAACUCUACCAAAUAUAAUCCUUCACUGGACAAUAACACAACCCUAAUGACAUCUUUUAACAAAUUCCCUUACCCAACCCAUGCUGAGCUGUCCUGGCUAACUGCUGCAUCCAAGCACCCAGAGGAGCAAAUAAAGGUGUGGUUCACUACCCAACGGCUAAAGCAAGGCAUCACCUGGUCACCAGAGGAAGUUGAGGAAGCCAGGAAGAAAAUGUUUAAUGGCUCCAUCCCACCCAUACAUCAGACCUUCACCGUUCUGCCUACCCCAAUUUCUCAGCCUGCCAAAGCCACCCAGCCCCUUAUUCAGACUAGCUUUGGGCAGUCUAAUCUAGUACUGACAAGUAUUGCUAAUGGAUCAAUCAUGACCUGUGCUCCUGUUGCAGUGACUGUAGCCAGUUUUGUGCAACCUCUCAAGCGACCCCUGACAACUCCUUCAUUCGCCCCAGAAUUAAAGCGCCCCAUGGCGGCCCCUGCAGAAGACCCAAAGGAGAAGAUACUAAUGGCCCCUCCUCCAGUUCCACAAAAAGAGAGACUUCUCAUGGCCCCACCCCCAGUGCCCGCAGAAUUAAAGAGAUCUGUAGCAUUUCCUAUUAUCGCCUCGGAGAUGAAAAGGUCCUUGGCAGCACCUCUCAUGGUUUCUAAAGGAAAACUGCCCUUGGCCACUCCACUUGUGAACCCCAAAAACAAGCUGCCAAUGGCACCUUCUCCAAUCUUCCCUAAGAUGAAGAGACCUAUUGUCAACCCUCAAUUCAAGAGUUACAUGCUGCCUCCUCCUUCAUUAGUUUCCAAAGACAAACUUCCAAUCACCCACUCUCUAUUGGCUUCAGACUUAAAGUUACCAAUCUCACCCCCUCUCAUUGCCCCUCAAGUGAGGAGGCCAACAAUAAUCCAGUCCGUGUGGACUCCCCUCAAGGGCCCGUUCCAACUCCCUAGCCUUUACCAAGACAGCAAGAAAACAAAAAUGCAAAUAACAGAGAUGAAGGCCAGAUAUGUCAGAGGACGUCUCUCAGAGGACAAAGUGCUCACCCCUCUUGGGGAAGCCAAUGGUGUCUCUCGUGGGGAUGCAAAGUGGGUUCAUGACCAAGGGCCUCAUGCACAGAACGGCAUUCUUCAGUUGUACAAUGAGCUAGCAUCAAAACCAGAACAGCAACAAUCAGUUCAGACUCAAUUUCCACUCUUGGAGAGAAUGAAAGGGAAGACUUCUGAGCAGUUGAAGAUUCUAGAAGAGAACUUCCAGAGAAACAGCUCUCCAACAUACAAUGACGUUGACAAUCUAGUGACUGCAACCCAACUGUCGCGGGAGGAAAUUGACAGCUGGUUUUUAGAGCGCCGGGCGCUGCGUGACAACCUUGAACAAGCUCUUCUAAACUCCAUGGGCUCAAAGAGACUCGACGUUGAUAAGCGUCAGCAACAACACGGACCGCUGAAUGGUGUGCACAAGCAAGGUGGCCAUCCAAGAAGCUCUCCCUUUGCCAUCAUUUCCCCCACCACCACUUGCUCAGUGCCUCUAGACAGCAAAUCCUUGGCUCUUCUGAAGGAUGUUUUUGCACAAACUCGGUGGCCUUCCCCUGAAGAAUACAAUCAGCUUGAGGCCCAGACAAGCCUGGCUCGCACAGAAAUCGUCCGCUGGUUCAAGGACAGUAGGUCAGCACUGAAGAGUGGGACCUUGGAGUGGAUGGAGUUUUUCCAUAAACUGAACAGCAGUGGGCAAAAUGGCGAGGGGGCGCUACUGAGCACAGAGAAUGCUUUCAGCAUAAUCCAGCGCUACCAGGAAGUAAAGUCACCCAAGGUGGAGGAUAUUGGGAGGCUAACUGAGCAUGCCAGUCUUAGCAGCCAGGAGAUCAAGGAAUGGUUUGCCAGCAAAUUGAGACAAAACACAUCUGAUAUCAGCCAGAAUUGUGGCCAAAAUGGAGGCUCUCGAGAGGGGUUCGGGAGCUGGAUGGAGGAAACCAAGGGGAUGGAUGCACGCAUGGGUGCUAAGGAGCUGGUCUCGGACAAAGACAGGAUGCUUCUGGAAGGGUGACUGGAUAAAGGGUGCGAACCGUUGCCACUGUCAGUUGCACACAGGAGCUGAAAAGGAAAGAGUUUAAUUAUUGAAUAUUGUAUUUUCUGAACAAAUUAUUUCUUGCUUGUUCCAUCCCAGUUUGUGCCCAACAUUUCCUCAAGGUUGAGUUAACUUUGUAGAACGUUUUCAAAAACAUGGUGGUAAUGUUGUGUGUGAUUUAGGAUGAGGUAGAAGGCACAGUGCACUGAAUGUGUGCCUGAAGCACUGACCAGGUGGUGAUCGUUGAGUGCCAAAGCUGGAUUUGCUGUGUUAUUACACUUUUAAAAAAAGGGUUCUUGUAAAUAUAUUUUUUCUGUGUUGCUACAGAUUUGUACAAUUUUGGGGGAAUUUUGUUACAUUUUAUAAUGGGAGCAACUUGCCCCUUUUUUUCGCUCCAGCGGAUCUUAGUGGUCUGUCCUACAUUUUGUAAUGAAACACCAUGAACCACUACAACCGUUGGCAAUACUUCAGUCCAUUUUCCAAUGCUGAACUUCCGUUGCAGUUCCCUCCUGUCAGGUGGACUUAUAUCAAAUCAAACUAUUUACGGUUCUGAAGUGCUAUUGUACUCCCUGGACUCUAAGCCAACCUGCACUUUGGUAAGGAACAUGCUUGUUUGACCAAGUGAUGUUGUGGAUCAUUGUUCGAGAAAAAAACGGUCAGUGGCAAAACCAGAAAGAAAUAAUAACAUUGAAACAAAUCCAGAAUCAUGUUGCCUGCCUGUAUCAUAUUCUAAUCUUUCUCUUUUGAUUUAUUUGUUGUCCUGCAAAUGAACAUACACAUCUGUAAUAGCCUUUAUACCUACGUACAUGUUGACUUAAUAGAAGUAGUGCUAGUUCCAUUCCGACAUUAGAAACAAACCAAUACAAGCUCUUUAUGUACCGCUUUAGUGUCAUGGUCAGGACAUAGUGCCUUCGAGAAAGUAUUCAGACCCCUUGACUUUUUCCACAUUUUUUUACGUUACAGCCUUAUUCUAAAAUUGAUUAAAUAAAACAUUUCAGUAAUCUGCACUAGAGGUCGGCCGAUUAUGAUUUUUCAACGCCGAUACCGAUUAUUGGAGGACCAGAAAAGCCAAUAUCGACCCUCUUGGGUCGACCCGGGACGCAUGCGUCCCAUCUAGACAUCUGGAAAUGCACUACGCUAAAUGCUAAUAGCACUCGUUAAAACUCAAAACGUUCAUUAAAACACACAUGCAGGGUACUGAAUUAAAGCUACACUCGUUGUGAAU